AUGGAUAAUUGCAGCUCCUCGCGGCUUUCUGUUGGCUCGGUAGAGCCGCCAGUGUCACCUUCAGCGCCGUUCUCCAUGAUGAGGUUGGAUAGUCCGAUUACACCGAGCUCAAGUCUUGAGGACGUGGAAUAUGAGGUUGAGUCUUUUAAGGAGGGGUGGAUACGCGGGUCCUCUGAUAGUACUGGGGGUCUGAAUAAUUUGGGUUUUAAUACUGAUCUGCCGUUGGACGAAAGUUUCCUUACCCUAAUUGAUUCAGUUCCCUUUCCAGAUCUAUCCCUAAAACUAGGGAACGAGGAUAAUGAGCUGGGCAGCCAGGGCACAACUUAUUCACAUCUCUCUCCAAGCCCGGAUUUUCACCUUGCACGCCGCUACACUGACGGCUGGAUCAUGAAUAAACUCAAACCCAUCUGGAACUUCACAAGAACCUCGGAUUCCAAAACAAACCAAGUGCCUCUCGAAACUACACAGUCAAACCACGCAAGGCUUUGCGCUACAGUGGCAACCUCGGAUCGGACAGCUACUUCACCAACAGCUGGGUCACAGGCUCCAGCUCCAUGUACUACCGGAAUCGAUACCGAUAAACAUAUUUAUGGAAGUUCACCGCAGAAACGGCCACGAGAGGAGCAACCAAGGAGACCUUCUCUGCCUUCACGGUGUGGCUCCUGUGUUUCACUAUAUCAUCACCCGACAACGACUGGGCAGAAAAUUUUCUUGAACCACUUACCUGUUGAAAUCCUGCUCUUGAUAUUCGAGUAUGCCUACCUGUACGAGUUACCUAGAUGCGAGCACAAAAAACAUUUCGGGGAGAUUACUCGCCGGUCAACUACCGAUUUUUUGCCCUCUCACCCUCCUACCCCGGCAUCUGAGUCGGCAGCCGCCUCAGCAUCCAGCACAGAUGAGCUGCCGAGACUUCCGGAAACACUGCGGAUAUAUCGUGCCAAGACAUUGUUGUACAUUGCGCUUACGUGCCGCCGGUUCAACGAUAUUCUGUGGGAUCCCUAUAUCGACCACACAUUUUGGCGAGAUGCGGCGAGAUGGUGCUGGAGUUGGUUACCGGAAGAACUGGCAGAUGUACAGGGGUUGCAAGAGGUACAUCAGUCAAAUUGGAGGAACCUGGUAGGGGUUUUCAUGAGGUCUGAGAAUGGGUUAUUCAAGCAACAAGGGGGAGGGAAAGGCGGGGUAGAGAGCUUUGGGGGCAGCAAAGCGUGUACUCAGGCGCGGUUGUGGAAGGAUGAAGAGGCGAAGAAGAUGCUACAAAUGAAGACUAUAAAGAAGAGGAGGCUUUUGAUGGCCUGCGUACAACCAGGACCAGACCUAUUUCAUGUAUCGCAUGAUGCGGAAAAAGGACAACAUACUAUUAGUCUGAAUUUAAGAGGAGGCGCCGAUUACUUCAUCACCAUUGACGAAUAUGGCCGUUUCAGCAAAAAACCAGCCAGACUCCCAGGCGGUCUCAAGCGUAACGAGAGAAGCUUGGGAUACUUCCCACCUGACGUAUUUGAAGUCGAGGGCGACCGUUUCCAGUUGGUAAAAGUUCUAAAGCGUCGGGAUCGCUCCACCGCAGUACCUCCAAACCCCAAUCCUAAAGCUAAACAUCAUCCUAAGCCUACAGUGAAGGAGAUCGUGACUUGGGAUCUUAGUUGUGUCCCGGAAUACGAGUCUGACCCUACUGCCACGGUUGCUAGAUGUACGAGUAAAGAUGGGUGGCUGGCAUUCAAUCUCUUCUCUCAUCGUGACCGUGAUGAUUCCAGUAUCGAGCUUCUACUAGACCCACCCCUCGAUCCCCCAGAGGAUCAGAGACUGUUCUGCGUGCAGGCUUUUGGUUACCCAGGCUGUCAGACUCAAAAGGGAACAACCACCAGUAACGAAACCAUGAGCGAGAAACGUCGAGGCAAAAUGAGAGCAACAGACUACACGCCUAUGGAUCUCGAUACUGAGGAGCCCCAAACCAUUUUUCGCUGGCGCCGUGAGUUUGAGUACGAGCGAGCGGGCGACUUUGACGCCGCCCGCCGUCUGCACUAUGUCAUUUGCAAUCUUCAAUUGAACUCCAGUAAAGCGGCUGUCCUCAUUCGAUGGAAUAUACGGACACAGUCCUCAAACGAAGAACUCGUUGACCGACAAUUCCAAGUCCUGGACCUAAAAACCGGUACUACAAUUCGUGUCUUGCAAUUCCCGAAUCUCUACUGGGAUCACCGACAUCAUGAUAUGUGUGUAGCGUAUAAUGAACUCAGACACAAAAAAAUGAGUAGAUUGUUUAAUCACAUGGGCCCCGACGAAGUAAUGGGUGCUGGGAAUAGGUGUACACGCAUUCACGAGGAUAAGUUUAUCCUUACGGAGGACAAAAUCAUUUCGGGUAGUCACGAUUACUGUAACUGGGUAUGGGAUCUCAACACUGAACCAGUAUCAGAUACUAAGGCGCUCGUAUUUAACGCUGAGCGGAAUGAUGCUGGUGUAGAAGACCCAUUCACGGUGCUAGACGACUUCUAUUGGGAUGAAUGUCAAGGGGAGACAACGGCUAAUGUCCCGAAGAAGGAAAACUGGAAUACUAAAAAUGAGCGCGCGGGGUGGUGGGUGAGAACUCCGAAUCAGGUGAUGUGUUAUUGGCAUGGUAUCGCAAAUAGCAUCGACGGCCGUUACUUCGCGGCCUGCAGGCCUGGGAAAAUGUUUGUGUGGGAUCUGGAAGCAGAACGGAAGACGAUUUUGGGGUUUCAGAACUUCAGUAAUCAUAGUAAUCCCCGUUGGCUGGGGAGACUGUCAGCACACGCCCAAAAUUUGAAACACCGAUUACGGAAUUGGUUCGUGUGGGAAGAUGUCCUACCCGAGCAGGGGCUGUGGCUGCUGUUUGAUGACCUAGAGGCCAUUUAUCUAGAUAGAGACGAUAUAUUGAGUGCGUGUGGCCUCAGCAGCGGCAAACGAACCUGGCAAUUUCAGAAAGACGAUUUUACGUUUUCUGAUCGCGACAAAGAAAUCGAGGGGCGAAGAAGGGAGGACCAGCUGGACGAGGACGAGGACGAAGAUGACGAUUAUUACGAGUCAGAUGAAGGGAGUUUACAUGGUAUUAAAAGAAGGAGGACGAAUUCGUUUGGACUUGAAUCAUACACGGAGGAAGAUGGUGGGUUUAUGUUCGAUAAUGAGAAAGAGAUGGAUGAAUUUGGACAGUAG